CCACAGCUCUGGGAAGGGGAGAGGACAUUGACACACACACACACACACACACACACACACACAUAGACACUGGAGCAAGGAAGAUUCCUCAAUCAGCCACCCACAGAAUUCAUGAGCAUUGCUGAGCGUAACUGGCCUAAGAGGACGGGAGCAGAGAUUUCGAUUUUCACGCAGAUUGGGGGAGUUACAUAAUUUCAGCGCUUAUGAAAAGAGAGACUAUUUGAAACAAACACCAAACAGCUGAGAAAAGUUCCACUCUGAGAUUGUCAUCAUGAAGUUACGUGUGGCACAAUUUUUUGCUGGGCUCUUUGGUGCCUUGGCAACUCUAUUAAUUCUCUUAUCAUUAGGUGACUAUUGGCUCUUGGCAUCAGAGACCUGCAAGCCACAUUCAGAUGGACCGAGCACUUUGGAGCGAGGUGAUGUGCUGGUCAACCACGGCUCAUUACAGGAGAGUGAUGGCCAUAAUAUUACCUUUUACCAUGAGGGUUUCAUGUGGCGCUGUACCUUUGAUGACAAAAUGGAGGAGGACAACCUGUGGGAGUUUUGGUUCGAACAGGAAGGUAUGCAUGUAAAGGUAUGCACACCUGCAUAUCUUCUUCCCUUUCCAAUCCCCGACGAGACCUACAACACCACUAGCUAUACAUCUGCAAUAAUCUACAGAGGCUUCUGGAGUGUCUCCAUGUUGAUAGGUGUGGCCACUGUGAUUGUGGGUGGCUUCAUUAUCAUUUGUGCAGCUCCAUUUGCCAGUCAUCGCCUUUAUAAAGCAGGGGGUGCACUCUACCUCAUUUCUGGUUUCUUCCUUCUUGUUGUGUCUGUAAUGUAUGUUAUCUGGCUUGAGAUUUUGGACGUGAUGAGCUUGUAUGUGGAUUAUCAGAGGUCUAAUAGGUGCUCAGACUUUGAGCUCAAUUGGAGUUAUGGCCUCUCUUUCAUGUUUGCUCCUGUGGCCGUGUUCUUCUGUCUACUGACUGGUCUUCUCUUCCUUGUGAUUGGCCGUACAGUCCAACAGAAUUACCACUGAACCCAAAGAUGAUAUUUGACAUUGAAAACAGAGGAAUAAAAUGUUAUCUUCAGAAAACAUGUCUAGCAUUGAAAGAAAACAGGUUUGCCCUCUUUACAGUUCAUGACCUUAAAACUCUGAAGUUACAUUAGAUUUAUCACAGGCUGGGGUAAAGAUAUAAUAGUUUGAUUUGAAUUUACCUUUGAAUUCUGCACAUCUUGCUUUAAUAUGUUGCCUUUCCGUGUGCUGUGAGCAGUACUGUAAACAUGGAUCAUGGAUGGUUUGGGAUCACCUCAUGUAUGUGUGAGUUUUUGUGUGAGUGUAGUAUUGCACAAAGCAUUAUAAAUAUGUCUAUUAUGAACUGCUGCAUUUUUAUUUUUUAUUUUUUUAUAAUGCCUGGAUUGGAAAAACAUAACCAACGUGUAUUAUAUGUAGACUUCAUUGUGCCUGCUGGAACUUUGUUAAUUAUAACAUGUUUAGCACUUUGCGUUUUAAUAGUUAAUUUAAACAGACAGUUCACCCAAAAAUUUUAUCAUUUUUUACUCACCCUCAUGAUAUCCCAGGUGUGUAUAACUUUCUUUCUUCACUAGAAUACAUUUGAAGAAAAAUAGAAAAAUAUCU